AUGAGGCAAGAGCACACGAGGGCCUACGCGAGGAUGCGGUCAUGCUUCCGCUACGUAAAAUGUCUUGGAUGGGGAUGCGACGGUAUUGCGUCGCUUUGGAGAUAUUCGCCUGGUCCUGGCCAGGAGCACCUGGUGGUCAUGAAGAUGAGCUCAAAAUGGACGCGUGUCGAUGGUCAGCCAGUGCCAGCGAACGACGACAAGGAGAAACAUAUCAUAACUCAACUUGGACGUGCACCGCACAUUGUACACCGCUUCUAUACGGCACGCCAUCCCAGGAGAAACACUGGUACCAGGAGGUCUGCUCGGGCGGCAGAGCAGGUGGCACGUAUGGCCAAUCUAAUCGACGGGCCCGAGGGCUCCAGCUACUUCCUGAUGGAAUACUGCAAGCUUGGCAACUUGGAGGGUCACCUCCGGAGGGCAGCCCGGGACACGCCAGCCCAGAACCCGGGUGGGAGAAGAACGGAGAGAUAUCUCCCAGAGGCCAUCAUCUGGCGUUUCUUCGACUGCCUUGUGAAGGCUUGCAUUGCGAUGCAAGAGCCGCCGUUACAAAGCACCGUCCUUUUCCCGCCCGUUGGACCGCUUACUGCAGUCACGGCAGGGACAGGUUACCUUCCUGAAGUAGUUACCUGGGCCACCCUCGCGGGGAAUUCAGGAUUUGAGGGCAUAGCACACAUGGAUCUUGAACAAUUUGGUCAUGAUUGGGAUUUCAUACCUCGCCAUGAAGACCCUUCUGACGAUGUUAAUACAAUCUGGCCGUGGCAGCCCCAGUGGAUGCAGCCCUGGCUCCCGCCUCCACCAUUCACGGCGGGCCCAGCGAGGUAUACCGCUGCGUCCAACGUAUGGCACAUGGGAAUGAUGAUCAAAGUUUGCAUGACAUUGGCGGAGCCUGACUUCCCGCCCUAUGCAGGAAGAUUUAAAACGGAUGAGCCACCGAACCCAACGCCGGAUCAGGAGCGAUGGACAUAUGGGUGGUCACUAUUGGAUAACAGCGACCCGGAUCUAGCAGCUCCGCAGUGGCGCGGCAUGUACUCGCCCGCUCUGCGGAGACUUGUGGCGAGAUGCCUCAUGGCGAAACAGGACCACCGCCCUGAGCUGCAAGAUAUACAGGCAAGAAUCGAUACUGCACUAGCCCAACCGCACCUUCAAGUUGUCCCACCGUAUUGGACAAAUACCUUCUUUCGUGAACCGCCGCCUCCAAGGCCACCCCGAGACACUGAGGACGUGAACGACAUAGAUCCAUUCUGGGACUAUAACAGGGCACAAGGACUAUUGUGA